CAACAGGCACAAUAUAUUACAGUCUAGGGCUCGCUGCUGAAAAGCCUGCUGGAUCUUCCAGUGACCUGCUGUUCUUUCUUGCCUUCCUGUGUGUUUUUUCUUCCUCCCUGGAUUUCGAUUAAAAACAAAGCUUGUUCUUCUUCCUCCCUCAUCCUUGUAGAGCAAAGCACAGAAGGUCUUCUAGUUUGAAGGUAGAGUUAAAAGAGGAACAAGGUUGGAAGACUCUGGCACAUUCGAAUGGAGGUACGUGUUUGUUCUGUAGCUUGUUGGGGACAUUCGCAGAAGGACAGGAUCAGAGACAGUUGGACAUCAUUCUUCGGGGUUCCCUGCUGCUCCUGAGCUGUCAGACAACCAAACAGAGACUGGAAGACUGGAACGUCACCCCAAGGAUUUCUGAGGGGAAAUCCAGUCCAAGUGUGAGGAAGGGGAUCUGUUUUAUGUGUACCCCUUGUUGGAUGGACUGACAGUCUUGUUCGGCGUGGGAUCCGGGCUUGGGAAAAGGAAAGAGCCGGGCUGCCAGUGCCAGAGCUCGAUCCGGGGCUCGUUCCCCGGUGGUUUGGGGACUCAGAGGUUCGGAGGGUCAGGAUAGGGUGUUGGCAAUCAAACCCAAACCGGGCAUCUCUCCGGUGACCAUGUACCCACAGGGUAGACAUCCGGUACCUCUGCAGCCUGGUCAGUCAUUUAAGUUCACUGUUCUGGAGACUUUGGACCGCAUUAAAGAAGAAUUCCAGUUCCUUCAGGCACAGUACCACAGUCUCAAACUGGAAUGCGAGAAACUGGCCAGUGAGAAGACCGAAAUGCAGAGGCACUACAUCAUGUACUAUGAGAUGUCCUACGGGCUCAACAUCGAGAUGCACAAACAGGCAGAGAUCGUGAAGCGUCUCAGCGCUAUCUGUGCUCAAAUCAUCCCUUUCCUCUCUCAGGAGCAUCAGCAACAGGUUGUUCAGGCAGUCGAACGUGCCAAACAGGUCACCAUGGCUGAGCUCAACGCCAUCAUAGGGCAGCAGCAGCUCCAGCACCUUUCUCACCACACUCCAGGUAUCCCUCUCACCCCUCAUCCUUCGGGCCUGUCCCUGGGCAGCACUUCCGGGCUCCUGGCCCUUACUGGAGCUUUGGGGGUCUCUGCUCACUUGGCAAACAAAGAUGAACGCAACCACCUAGACCCUGAACACCUUAGAGAGGGUGCACCGAGCAGGAGUAAGUCAGUAUCAUCGACGGACAGUCAGGUCACAGAGGAUCGGCAAGGUCCGUCGGGGUCGUAUGCCUCACAGACGGGCAGCGAUGCCAAACGAAGGCGUUGUGAUGAGAAAGACGUCCUUCCGUCACACUAUGACAGUGAUGGGGACAAAAGUGAAGACAAUCUCGUGGUAGAUGUUUCAAAUGAGGAGGCUUCCUCUCCGGUGGGCAGUGUUCCUCUCUCUCCUCACGGGAACGGUUUAGACCGAGUCCCAAAUUUAAGGAAGGAGCUCCCACUGUCCCCCAGUCCACCACCAGCUACCCCACCACACAGUCCACCUCCUGGCAAGAACAAGGACACAGUACAAACAGAGAAGUCCCAGUCGCCCUCCUCUAAAUCGGGCAAUUCCUCUCCUUCUCGCCACGACUCCCUAACCCCUGGUCCACCUGGGCCCAGCACUUCCUGUUUACGCUUGGUCAACAAACCGGCCUCUUCAGCAGAUCCUUUGGCCCUGCGAAGUCCCCUGACCAUGACACCCGGUUCCUACCCGACUCACUUUGGGGUGGUGUCUCACGCUGGGCUCAAUGGAGAGCUGGCCAGUCCGGGUGGGUUCGGUGGCUCGCUCACGCUCUCGCCUCAAAUCAGUGCCGCGGCCAGUGCCUACACACGCAGUCCUAUGGUAGCGUAUGAACCCCGUUCACAUCUUAGGCCUUCAGGGCUGUCCUCCUCACUGCCCGGCUCCACUGGUGGAAAACCUGCUUAUUCGUUUCAUGUGAGUGCAGAUGGUCAGAUGCAGCCUGUGCCCUUCCCUCCCGAUGCCCUCCUCGGUCCAGGUAUCCCUCGACACGCCCGUCAGAUUCACACCCUCAGUCAUGGUGAAGUGGUGUGUGCGGUCACCAUCAGCACCUCCACGCGUCACGUCUACACCGGUGGCAAAGGCUGCGUCAAAGUGUGGGACAUCAGCCAACCAGGCAGCAAGAGUCCGAUGGCCCAACUGGACUGUUUGAACAGAGACAACUACAUCCGUUCAUGUAAGAUUCUUCCUGAUGGGCGUACUUUGAUAGUUGGCGGCGAAGCCAGCACGCUGUCGAUCUGGGACUUGGCCACGCCCACUCCACGCAUCAAGGCCGAAUUAACGUCCUCGGCUCCGGCCUGCUACGCUCUGGCCAUCAGUCCAGACAACAAGGUCUGUUUCUCCUGCUGUAGUGAUGGAAACAUCGUGGUCUGGGAUCUGCACAACCAGACGCUUGUCAGGCAAUUCCAGGGUCACACAGAUGGAGCCAGUUGUAUCGACAUCUCCAACGAUGGCACCAAACUGUGGACCGGAGGUUUAGACAACACGGUGCGCUGCUGGGACUUGAGAGAGGGACGACAGCUCCAGCAGCAUGACUUCACCUCACAGAUCUUCUCUCUGGGUUAUUGUCCUACGGGUGAAUGGCUUGCGGUUGGGAUGGAGAGCAGUAAUGUUGAAGUGCUGCACGUCUCCAAACCGGACAAAUAUCAGCUGCACCUUCAUGAGAGCUGCGUACUCUCGCUCAAGUUUGCUUACUGCGGAAAAUGGUUUGUGAGUACAGGAAAAGACAAUCUGCUCAAUGCAUGGAGGACACCAUAUGGAGCAAGUAUAUUCCAGUCUAAAGAGUCCUCGUCCGUUCUAAGUUGCGACGUCUCCCCGGACGACAAGUAUAUUGUAACGGGUUCUGGGGAUAAGAAAGCCACAGUAUAUGAGGUGGUAUACUGAAUGCAGAAAAGAGGGAUUGAAAAAUUGGAACGGGUGAGCAAUACGCAAUCAUGGCAGCAGCGGCAGGCAACCAUGGCUCUUUUGUUUGCUGUGUGCUAUAUUCAUUCUGGUGCAUUCAUCCCAUCAAAUUCCCUUUGUUUUUCAUAGUUAGACAGAAGAAGGCAAUGGCUUUGUUGCAACUUAUUUAUGGUAAGCACUGUAGGUGUAUGCAUCAAGAAGACCCUUAUGACAUAAUGCAAUUGCCAAAAAUUUGUUUAUCCGGCUAAGCUAACCCGAAGACACUGAGUGGGAUGAUGUAUCCCAUGAUGCAAUUAACUUAAUUAUACACAAUAAAGAAGCCAUAUGUAAGAAAAACACUUAUAUACAAUCAAAAACUAACCUAGUGCGAUCAGGGUUAUUUUGCGAUAAUUACUCGCUAUUAUAAUGAUUAUUACACGGAUACUUAUAAAUGUGUAAAUGGACUGAAAUAAUGACUUGUGUUGAGAUUACUUAAUUAUGUGACUAAAGCAUGGAAGGUGUACGUUGUAUGAGACGGACUGUUGGAGGCAACGAUACAAUGCGUGUUUUGGCCAAUUUUUUUUUAACCGAAACCAACAAGUAAACAUGUUAUGUUAUUAAACUGCAAUAACUGCAUACUGUAUAAUCUCUGAAUGUGCUAUUUUUAAAAAAAAGAAUAGUUUGGUGUUUAUAGUAUAUACUGCCUAGUAAGCAGUAUUCUAGUGUUUGAUUCCAAACGUAUAGCAAGUGAGAGUUAAUUAGCACAGGCGGUGAGCUAAAAGAAAAAGCCACAUAGAAGACAGUGGGUAUUUAGGGAUUGCCUACUUAUAGAUACACCAACACCAGACAAUCAUUUCAUUACCCUCAACUCCCUCCAUAAUAGGGUGUAGGCAAGACAGCGCAUCACUUCCCCUAAGAAAACAAACUGUUCUGAAGCUCACGUCGGGGCGUCUCCGGUUGAACACGAUAUAUGGGCAUGCAAACAAUUCUCUGCUCUCCAAUUCAACCCAAUUAGACAUUCAUGUGGCAGAUCCCAGACUUAUUCUCCAACCUGCAUUUAAUUUUCCUUUUCCCACAAGCUGGUGUCUAAUGAGGAGCAAGGCUAAAACAUGCUGCAUAUAUUUACAAUUCAUUUCAAAUCCUGUGGAUUAUCAUACGGAUGUACUUGUUUUCAUGUGAUUUAAUUAUUAACUUUGAAUACAGAAAUAUCUUAUUUGGGUAUAAAAAAUAGAAAUGUAAAGGUAAAAGUGUAAUGCAACCUGUUCUCGCAUCAGUUUGAUUAAAAUGUGAGAGGUUGAAAUACAGGUCCCUGGUGCACACCAUGAAUAAGAAGAGCUGUGGUUGCCAACUUGACCGGGAAAUGUUCAAGGAUGGAUUCAACAGGAUUUAUAUACUACAUGGGAAAUAAUUUUUUGUUUUUAAUUCUUUUGAUCUAUACUCCUUUUCCCAAUUCUCAGAUUGUUAGAUGAGUCAACUUAUGUUUUGCUUGUGAGCUUUCCAAACAAAAGGAGGAAUUGUAUAAAAUCAAUAGAUUCUUUCAUUUUUAUGGCAAUAGUGUUUUGAUCAGUCUGUUAUUAAGCGGAAUGUCCCAUGUGUUCUUUUUCAUAAAUUGCUGAAUAUAUGGCUGCUUACAAACAGCGUUGUCUUUCGUUUUAAGAUGGACCGUCUUACUGCACGAUCUGUCUUUGACCCCAUGUUAUCAAUAAUAUCUGUAUCUAUAUAAUCUUACGUUACACAUUGUUUCUAUACCGAGAACAGCAUACACUGUUACGUUUUUGUUAAAGACUGUUAAAAGCCAAGGAACUUUUUUCCAAAGGCAUCGCUGUGAUAUCCCCUGUAGCACUUCCCAUGUGAUGUAAAAGAUAUGUAUACAUUGAAAAUUAAACUUGUGUUCAUCUUGUCAA